CACGCGCACACACACACACACACACACACACACACACACACACACACACACACACACGUUCCAGCCUAGGUUGCUUCCCAUGGAGAGAGGAGCCGGUUGAACACAGUGGAGCUGAGGGCCAGUGGGUGAUAGGGACAGCGCUGGUUGUGGAAUAAUUCGUCCUUCUCAAGACUCAGCGUCGGUCACUUUUCCGCUUCAGGAUUUAUCUUCGGCUGAAAUGUUUCAGGAUCCGAUGGAAGAAUCCUUCAUCCCUGUUGUGGUGCGGUGCUGGGUCUGAGCACGGAGCUACCCUGCGGGAUAACAAUCACCAGGCCUAAGGGCCACUGGACCAUUUGGACAUGCUGGCUGCCAUGCUGCGCCAGAGUUCUGGUGGAGGAUCGGGAGGCGGCGGUGGCGGCGGUGGCAGUGGCAGCAGCAGCAGCAGUGGCGGGGGUGGUGGAACCAAAUUCUCUCUAGGCAUCUCCCGACUCUCCAGCUCCAGCUUGGGUUCAGCAAGCCCUAGCAGUGCGGGCCCCCGGGGGCCGGGCAGGGUCUCUAAGAGCGGCUCUGUGAGCCCGGACAGCCCAGAUGUCCCCGUCUCAGACCCGGUCUAUAUUAUGCAGCUAGUCAGCGAUGUGCGCAAGUUUGCUGAUGUGCUUCUACAACUCAAAGAAGUUUUCAACUGCAAAGAGCACCAGGACUGCCUCCAUCAGGUGGUACACGAGCGUCUCGGGGAGCUGCUGCGAGUCCUAAAAGCCAUCAUCAGCAAACACCAGAGCCUCAACUCGGUGGACAUCCUCAGUACAGCUGGAACCGUCAUUGCCACGGUCAAAGGAGUGAACUUUAAGGAGGUGAACGAAGAGAACAAACACCAGCUUUUUGGAGAGAUCUACACUGCUAUUGACACAUUGGCGUUCACCUUUGGCAAUGUAGUGUCUGACUUCCUUAUGGGAGAUGUAGAGAAUGGAUCAGUGUUGGGGCUCCCCCUAACUAAGAGAAGCAGGUCUUUUGAGAACCUCUCCUUGGAAUCUGGAGGAUCUGUUCCAGAGAAAGAUGAUCCACCAGGGCCGUCUCCCCCAGUUCGGGCAGAAGAAGUGGACAGGACACUGCAGCGGCAGGACAGUGGGGUGGAGUCAGCGCUGCUCUAUGCCAAGGCCUGGUCCAAGUACACCAAAGAGCUGCUGGCGUGGGUGGAGAAACGUCUCAGUGUGGGUGAGUUAGGGCACAGGUGGGGGGAAAAAUACAAGAGUAAUUCAGACAUGAAGGAAGGCAGCAUAUUUUUAUUCCAUCAUUUCCCUAGGAUGCCUUUCAACAAGCGCUCGCUAAGUGGCAGCCACUCGUCCCACAGUAACCUGUCACAGGCCUCGGUGACCUCUGACCUCCUCGUGGCAGAUGACGUGGAUAGUCCCGUCACUGCCCAACAUGCCAAGAUCGCCGAAAGGCGCUCCAACAGUAGUACUGACAUCCAAGCAAUUCGGAUUCAGGGACCAUUUCGUCCUUGGGCCUCGGCCAGCCAGGGGGGAGGCAUGAGCAGCGACUCAGAAAGUGCCGGAGGGAGCAGUGAGUCCCGGUCCAUGGACUCCCCCACCGCAAGCCCAGGAGACUUCAAGAGGAGAUUACCCAGAACCCCCUCCACCGGCACCAUGUCGUCUGCUGAUGACCUGGAUGAGAGAGAGCUUCCUUCACCGUCUGAUAAUGGUUUAAGUGAGAUGAUAAUUGAAACAGCCAGCUCCCCCGGCCCCUUUAGAAACACCCAGAUGUCCAAGGCUGCUCAAACCCACAAGCUGAGGAAGCUAAGGGCGCCAUCCAAGUGUCGGGAGUGCGACAGCCUGGUGGUGUUCCAUGGAGCAGAGUGUGAAGAGUGUUCGUUAGCCUGCCAUAAGAAGUGUCUGGAGACCCUGGCCAUCCAGUGUGGUCAUAAGAAGCUCCAGGGGAAGCUGCACCUCUUCGGCAUUGACUUCACCCAGGCAGCCAAGAACAGUCGGGACGGCAUCCCCUUCAUCAUACGCAAGUGCACAUCCGAAAUCGAGAACCGAGCGAUCAACAUUAAGGGUAUCUACCGUGUAAAUGGUGCCAAGUCUCGGGUGGAGAAGCUUUGCCAGGCGUUUGAGAAUGGGAAGGACUUGGUGGAGCUCUCCGAGCUUUAUCCCCACGACAUUAGCAACGUACUCAAACUCUACCUGAGACAGCUUCCAGAGCCACUCAUCCUGUUCCGCUACUACAAUGACUUCAUCGGUUUGGCCAAGGAAAGCCAGAGUAUCAUUGUGGAGGAGCUGGAGGCGUUGCGACUCAGUCCCAACCCGGUGGCCCCGGCCCAGGUCAGCGUGGAUCUCAACCGGGUCCUCUUCAAGAUCAAGGACCUGCUGAGGCAGCUGCCACCAGCUCAUUACAAGACCCUCCAGUUUCUCAUAGAGCAUCUGCACCGGGUGACGGAGCAAUCGGAGGAGAACAAGAUGACAGCCAGCAACCUGGGGAUCAUCUUCGGCCCGACGCUGAUCAAACCCAGGCAGGCGGACGCUGAAGUUUCCCUUUCCUCUCUGGUGGAUUACCCGUAUCAGGCUCUCAUCGUGGAGCUCCUGAUCAGACACUACCAGAUGAUCUUUGACACCCCCCUCAGCCCCCUGAGCCGCACCUCGCCUACAGAGAUGGAUGCCCAGACCCGCCUCGGCCACCACGAGAAGGAGCAGCUGAGCCGACACUCCAAGUCGCUGGGAGACAUUAAGGAGCAGAGCUCUAAGGUGUAUAAGAGGCAUUCCUCCAUCAUUCCUUCUUCCCACUUAUUGGCUGAGGUUCAUGAGACUGCGCCAAGCCUCGAUGGAAGGGACUUUGAACCUGUUAAUGAAAUGGAUUUUGAGGCCUUGAAUGGGGAUUUGUCAUCAAGCGUCCAUGAAGUCUCUAAACCUGACAGAGGCCUCUGUCGGUCUCAGCAUGUCGCCGUUGCCAGAGUCCAGCUUCGACCCCCUCGCAACAAACUCUCCUCCCGGCCGGCGAGCAUGCCCGCUGAGAGGAUACUCGGCCGAGGCCGGGUAGACGAGAAUAACACGCGGAACAGCACUGAACAAGAUGACAAGAAAGCAGGUGGUUGGGACCAGUCCAUUGAAGAGGCGGAUGAAACCGAGAACCCAAAGUUGCGAGCGGGCACACAUUACCGGAGUACAUUUAUUGACACCCAGACGUUACGCAGAACUUGGGACAAGCAGUACAAGCAUGACGCUGCUACCAGAACUGUCAGAAUAGUGGCCAGUUUGCCCACAGACACUACAGCAGCGGAUGCCAGCAACCAAUCAGUUUCGGUGCCCGUGUCCUCGUCAUCUUUCACCUUUGAAACUACCGGGAGCACCUUCUUCCCUAACAAACCUUACAGUGUUGCAGUGCGUUCCAACAGGACAUUAAGAAGGGAGGACAAUUUAACAAAGUACUGUCCUGUCACAACAGCUUUCAGGGCUCCCAGAACUCUGCAGCCUCCCCCAGGGACCUUCUACAAGCCCCCGUCAGGGAGCAAAGCUAAAGAGCCGCAGCACUGUGCGUUAGCUAACAGCGCAGAAGAAGAAGAUGAGGAGGAAGAGGGGGAGGAAGAGGAGGAGGAGGAGGAGGAGGAGGAGGAGGAGUUGGGCAUAGAGAUAGAGGUGUCUGUUGAUGAGCCUCCUGAGGAAGACGAUGAGGCCGAGCAGGCGGCCAUGUCUCAGUCUCCCAGCUCCAGCCCUGAGGCCCUGGGCCCUGGCCUGGCCAAACCCGUGUACCAGAGACUAAGGCCCAGACGCCUCCAGGAGGUAGAACACAGAGAGGCUCAUUUUGUGUGAUCAUCUGAGAGAUCUCAGAGAUCUAAAAGAAACUGUGAACAACGUGUGCCGUAUUCUAUUAGACAAAAGAAUAAGAAGCCUCUGCAUCAACUGUGCAAAGACAAUUUCCAGAUGUAUUAUGAAUGUGGGCACAGUGUGGACGAUGAAAUGGAAAAAGGACCUUUAGUCCUCAAAAGACAAACGUGAUGCACUUAAACUGCUGUAUAUUUUUUCAACGUGAUUCACCAAUAUUUCAUUUACCAAUCACUUGCUCUGUACACUCUGGCACCUGGUCAGAAUAUUUAUAUUUUUUUAAACUGUGCAAUUACACUUCGAUUUGAAUAUUUUGUACCAAGUUCUUCCAGGCUCACUAUGUAUGUUUAUAUACCAAAAAUCUCUGUUGAAUCGUUAGAAUGGUGCAUGUAGCCACAACACUGAAAAUAAGUUUGGUGCACUUAUUAGUACUCGUGUUUCUACUUACUGUAAGUCAGAGUGUUUUACUGUUACAUUUAUGAUUAAUCAUUUUUCUAAUAACCUGUGUAUAAAGCAAUAUAAUAGCCUUUUGUUACAUGCUGUACCGGGUAUCUGCAUUGACAUGUGGUAAUGUUAUGAAGCACCAGUUGCAAAGGGUAUACAUCCACUCGUUUUUAUACUGUUGAACUUGUAUGGUGUCAACUUACACUGAACUGAAAAGCUUUGAGAAAUGCCACUGGAUUGCAGAAUGGCAUUAUCUUUCUCAUUUCCAUAUAACAUUUCCAUUUCUUAAUAACCAAAGCUGUUUUUCCUUUUACAAUUGAAUUAGUUUUAUCACUAACCUAAACCUUACAAGUUCUUAAGUUCUGUAAGUAAAAGGAAGUGCAACAUUAUUUAAAUGGUCUCUGUUUUUCAUGGUAACGUACAAGGUUGACAGAAUAUUGAAUAGUUCAGUGCAAAGAAGCCGGUACAUGAAAACAAACACCCUUUUGUAACUUAUUAAAAUAUAUCUGACAACUUC